AUGAACAGCACUCACGAUCUGUCUGCUGACAUCAACCUUCCGCCUGCUCGCAUACAGGUUGUAAAUAAAGUGUACUGCAUCAUCGAACUAAUGUACAUCCCAAUCAUCAUUGGCGGCAACGGACUGAUCGUGGCGUCCGUGCUGGUGUUUCAGCCACUGCGGACUCUGACCAACUGCCUUCUGCUGAGCCUGGCGGCGUCAGACGUUCUCGUCAGCCUCUUCACCAUCCCCGUCAACGCCAUCUUCUACAUAGCACACGCUUCGGUUUACCACCAGCGAGUCACCUGCAUGGCAUGGUUCACAUCCGCCAUCCUGGGCGUGGGAUCCUCUCUAUACAACCUGCUCUUCAUCGUCAUAGAACGCUUCAUCGCCAUCCACUUUCCUUUCUUCCACGCUCGAUAUGUCAUCUGGGCAGGAUACUUCUCCAUCGGGAUGUGUACCCUGGUUUCGGCCCUGCUCUACGUCAGGAUCUUUCUCACCGUGCACCGCCAGAGGAGGAGGAUCCGCGCGCUGUCCGAGUCGCUGGCGAGGGAGGCAACUCUCAUGGCAGAAGAGAUGCGGUCGGUGCGACUGACGGCGCUGGUGUUCAUGCUGUUCGUUCUGUGCUGGACGCCGUACAUCUGUGUCGGACCUCUCAUGUACAGCGACCUCGCGCCCCACAUCGUCGAGACCGUCAAGAACUUCACGCUCAUCUUCGGCUAUGGGAAUUCUAUGGUGAACCCCAUUGUCUGCGGUGUUGUCCGCAAACAGUUCCGAACCGCCUACAAGCUGCUCGUCACCACGCCCGUCACACGGUGGAAAACUCUGAGGCUGGAGCCAGAUUCCACAUGGGACUCAGGAUUCCAGAGGGACACAUGUGAAGCUAGUGCUCGGCCAUGUUAG